CAACGCCAGGUCCGGGCAUUCACCUUAAUAGGCAUCCAUUAUCCCAUACAGGGAAGCUCACCUUCGCCUAGUACUCGCAGAAUCCAUCCGCGACCCAGCACAAUCGGAUAGAAGCUCCUAAAUGACCGAGACGAUCCUUGAAAUUUCCGACUAGCCUCGACGUCACAUGAUCCGUUGGCAGGGCCUUCAGCGUCACCAUAGAGGGACCCGAGAAAUCUUCCUCCCCGAUAAUACACUAUCCAAGUUGUUUAGUAGCCAUAUAUGGUUAUUGUUGUUGUUGUAGCAGUGUGUUACACAUUGAGGCGGCAGCCCUUGCCGAUGCAGAACUCCAUUGGGUCAUUCCGGUACGUACCACCGGCUGCCAUGGGAUUGCCAUAUAUGGUCUAACGACUUGGCUUAUUAAUGAAUGAAAAAUUAAAUGAAAAAAAAAAUAUGCCGUAGAUUUCAUGUACAAGUGCAGAGGUUUCAGACGUAGUAACACAUUCAAGGACUCCUUCGGAGCACUCGUCCAAGCCCCCGAUGCAAGCGCAGCCGGGAAGCCGUGCACUUUCUCCGCAAAGACUCAACCUCUAAUGGCACGAUUUCACACCAGGGACCCAUAGAUGUGAAUCGGUCUUACCACAGCAGUGUACAUCCAGUGAACCCCUAAUGGCACGAUUUCACACCAGGGACCCAUAGAUGUGAAUCGGUCUUACCACAGCAGUGUACAUCCAGUGAACCCCACCUGAUCACAACUUCUCCUCAUUGUGAUAGGUUGUGCGAUAGGUUGAACGUCUACCUCAACGAGCUUGCCUCAUAUUUCGCUGCAAGAAAUCUGAAGAUAUCCGCCACCAAAUCUUCAGCCACACUGUUCACUACAAAUACGCGUGAGGUGAAUUCUGAGCUGACUGUGAUGGUCGAUGGAGAAAUGAUUCCGACCAUCAAGUGUCCCAAAAUACUUGGCGUCACAUUUGACAGCUCCUACACUUUCUCCCCACAUGCCACAGCAAUCUGCAAUAAAGUCAAAAGUAGAAACAAGGUCCUCAAGUCACUCGCUGGCAGCACUUGGGGUGCAGACAAAGAAACCUUGUUGACCACGUACAAAGCAAUUGGCCGGUCUGUGGUAAGUUAUGCAGCGCCAGUGUGGUCAUGUCAACGUUGUGACACGCAGUGGAAUAAUAUUCAGAUCUGUCAGAAUGCCGCCCUCCGAACUGCGACGGGCUGUCUCCUUAGUUCUCAUGUGGACCACCUCGAUCAGGAGACAAAGAUCCUACCAGUGCGAAGACAUAACUACAUGCUGUCUAAGCAAUACCUUUUGGGCUGUUAUCGCAGAAAUCAUCCAAAUCAUCAUCUUGUGGAUAGAUACCCACCGCCCAGAAGCCUUAAGGUUGAUCUACACGAUCUAGAGCGUGAGGUCCAGCGCUACAAGAGAGAACCUCUAGAUCAAGCGGGUCUGAACAACAUUCAUGCAGACACGGUAGCAGACGCGUUAAUUGGCUACCGGGUGAAUGUAGUCCUUGGAGAACGACCGCCACCCAUUGCACCCGAAGAAAUCGACCUCCCCCGGCAAACCAGAGUGGUUCUGGCUCAAUUACGUUCCGGCAGAUGCAGCCGCCUCAAUUCCCACAGAGCUAGGAUUGAUGCCGACGUGCAAGAUGUAUGUCCCGAUUGUAACCAGGGACCGCACGAUACACGUCACCUGUUUAACUGCCCGGCCAGACCCACUCGACUCAGACCCAGAUCCCUGUGGACGCAUCCCAUCUUAGUUGCGGAGUUCCUGGGUCUUGACACUCAACAGAAUCAAGCAGACGAAAGAUAGUACACAAUAAACUGCUACAACAACAACAACAACAACUUCUCCUUAUCGAGUUGCGACAAGAGUAGAGCAUAUACAGCCCCCGCUCGACACCUCAACAUUCCUUCUCCAGUUCGAUCUCUGGUCAAGAAUAACGCCUAAGUAUUUAGACUCGCCAGAUAGUUGCAACUCCACUCCACCUAGAUCCGGUAAAAAAACUCGAUUACCUCCCCAUUUUGGUGGAGCACCAGCUCAGUAUUUCUGGGAUUUAUGCCUAGCUAAUUGUCUAUCGCCCAUCUAGAUUGCAUCCUCAGCGCACACCCUGAAGGAAGUCCGUGAUGGUAGAGGGAAGCGACGGCCAACCAUAAUGACACCUGGAGAGGGAGUGCUCUCAUCUCAACAAAAUAAUCAUGUAUGGACCGACGAGAGACUAAUUAGCCUAUAGCAAUUUGGCAGGGAGCUGUUCGGUUUCCCCGCCUGGAAUGAACGCCACACUAACUCCUACCAUCCAGUCGGCACAUAGUCAAGCAGAAAACAGGCCCUAAAAAUCCCCAAAAGAAGCCACAUUGAUGUCUUGGCUGCAAGCGAAAGUUUCGUUUGAGGUGCGUACUCCACUUAAAGCGCAAUGCACCUCUUGCGAAAAUUACGAAAUUUUCCUUACCUGUACCGGUUGAUUUUUUAUUUUGGUCGAAUUUUAAUCAUUUUUGGCUAAUAAAGUACAUAUGUGCUGUA